AUGGCAGAAGGAUACUAUUGGGACUGGAAUAAUGAAGCUGUAUGCUCUUGGAUUGAGCAGUUGGGAUUUCCAUACAAAUCUAUUUUCCAAGAAAACUGUAUUUUGGGAAAAACUCUUGUCUUGGUAAACUCGAAUGAUCUACGCGAUAUGGGAGUUUUGAGUAUAGGCCAUCGUCUGGAUAUUUUGUCAGCUAUCCAUGAUUUGAAAGAAAGUCAUAAAGAACAAGCCAAAGAAAGUCCGCCUCCCAUACAACAAAUUGAUAAUCAUGAGGAGAUGAAUACUCAGGAGCGAGUGAAGUUAUCACUGUUGGCUUUAGAAAAGAGAAUCGACUAUUUGGAAGCAGAAAAUGCUAAGCUCGUAAAAACAAUAAAUUCACUGAAUUCCGAGUUUCUUCCUCUUUUGAGAAAGCUUGCGUUGAACUUUAAAGAAACUAAAUUGAUCAACUCAGAUACUUGCUCCGAGAACAGUUCAAUCUUUCAGCCCUCACAGUCUUCUCCAACUGUGGCAGGAAGUUUUGAUUUGGAAGUAAAUGAUCACGCUCCUCUGAGUACCACUGAAAGCAAAAAGGUUCCAAAAAUGACUGUAAACUCCUCUUACCAUGAAGUGUUAACGUCCACCUUGCAGAAGUAUCGCAUUGAUCCCAGUACUUGGGUAAGCUAUGAACUCUUGCUGAGUUAUGAUGGCAAAGAGCAUCCGAUUUCUGCUGAUAUGAAACCUCUCCAGUACUUUAGAAGCCUACAGAAGCAUGGCAAAUCGCCUUCCUUCAUACUUUCCCGAAAAGCAUAA